CAAAAGACACAAACAUCAAACCUCACACUGCAUCUACUCCACUUUGAAUCUCAUUUCAUAAUCCCUCUCAUCAUUCUCUUCGUAUCAUUCUAAGCACCUGUUGUACUGCAAAAAUAAGUUUAAACAACAAUGGAAGCGCUAAAGAGUAUUUCUUUAUCAGAAGGGUUUGAAGAUGAUCUAAUUAAAGAACUUUUCGACAAUGAAUCACCAUUGUUUAUGCCUUAUCAAGAAACAUCAAUGGAAACAAACUCCAUCACUUCAACUGAUUCAAGCAUUAACCCACAGGUCGUAUCAGCCCUCCAUUCGAGUCCUACGAUUCAAGAUGAUAUAGAAAGAGCUUUAUUAAACACAAAUUAUGGUAUCCAACCUGUAGCUAUAUCAGAAGCCUGCAGAACUUCAUUAAUGCUGGAAAGAGGCUUGAACAGGGAACAGGAGAGUAAGCAUACUAUGAGAAUCAAGUGUUGUGGCAAUGUUAUGUCUGAUGAUGGCUAUAAAUGGAGGAAAUAUGGCCAGAAAUCUAUUAAGAAUAGCCCACAUCCAAGGAGCUAUUACAGGUGCACAAACCCAAGGUGUAGUGCAAAAAAGCAGGUGGAGCGGUCCAGCGAUGACCCGGACAUCCUCAUUAUAACCUAUGAAGGGCUUCACCUCCACUUUGCUUACCCAUUUUUGUUGCUUAAUCCACUGGACCAAAUUGAUCCACCAACAAAGAAACAAAAAGGUCACAGGCCCAUAUCGCCAGCCCAAGACUAUUCAGCAGAAGCCAACCAGAUUUUCAGUUCCAGCCCAGUAUUAGGGGAGUUAGAUGGACCGGAGUUGCCAGGCCCACAAGGUCUUCUUGAAGAUGUUGUGCCAUUGUUGAUUCGAAAACCUUUGGUCAAUGCUGCUUUCUCCAAUUCUUCGUCUUCGGAAUCUUCUUCUUCUCCAACUUCCCACACUUCCUUUUCUUGGUCUCUUGAUGAUUCUUCUUUAGGAUUCCAUACGAAUAUGUAGGAUCAUUGGUGGAGUCAAAGACUCGGUAAAGGCCUAAUUUAAUUACCAAAAAAAUUUUUAAAAAAAUAUAAAAAAAUAUUAUAUUACAAUAAAAGAAAAAAAAAUCUCGAAUUUUAGUAGGGGCACAGGUAGGUCCCCUCCCUCUGCCACUUUGUAGGAUAAAUUUAGUGUGUAGUAUCAAAUAAAAUCGAAUGGUACAAUCAAUAAGAUUAUAGCUUCUUUUUUUCUUUUUAAAUAUUAUUUAGUAUUGUCCAGUGUAUUUUAUCAAACAUAUCAAUCAAGUCUUGAAUGGUCAAUUCCAAGUGAUUCUGCUUGAUUGAGAAAGGAUGUAUUGUAAUAUUCUACACCAGGGACGGAUCCAGAAUUUUUCAUAGCGGGGACUGAAAGUACUUGAUAAAGUGAAUGUAAUAAAAUUUAUACGUACUAAAAAAAC